CAGAGAACCCGGAAGUAGCGUCCUGAUACAGCGUAACAAUCGAUGAUUUGAGUAUCAGCGGCCUUUGAUGAGAGUUCACUUCACUGUCUGUCUACUGUUGAUACAGAAGAACAAUGCGAGUCACAGCGGUGUCAAGCUCUCCGAGGAUCCAGGCAGUGUUGACCAGCGCUGCUUCAGGUCUAGAGGGCUUCAAAGCUCAUGCCGUCUUCCAGGAGAUCAAUAAGAAGCUGCAAGAGGAUGGAGAGCAGUUUGUGAAGAAGAUUGGAGGCGUGUUUGCCUUCAAGGUGAAGGAGGGGCCGGACGGGAAGGAAGCCACCUGGAUUGUUGAUGUGAAGAACGGAAAAGGCUCUGUUGACAAUGACACCGGAAAGAAAGCCGACUGCACCAUUGCCAUGGCCGACUCUGACCUGCUGGAUCUGAUGACAGGAAAGAUUAAUCCACAGACUGCGUUUUUCCAGGGCAAACUGAAGAUCACUGGAAACAUGGGCAUGGCCAUGAAGCUUCAAAACCUGCAGCUGCAGCCAGGCAAAGCCAAGCUGUGAGAAGCCCCGCCUCCAGUGGGCAGAGUCUUGAGGAGAUCCUCCCUUAGAGUUUACUCCGUUACUGUAGCUGCACAGGAGUCAGAAACAAAUGUGUUUCUGCGUUGUAGUGUUCAGCUCUUCUCUAACAAGUUAAAGGAAUAGUUCAACCUGAAAUGAACAUUUUGUUAUUAUUUACUCACCUUCACACUAUUCCAAACCCAUUUGCUGUUAUUUACUUUUUUCGUGGAACUCAAUAGUAGAACUUUAAAAAUAAUCUACAACAGUUCACAGUGACCAUGUCUGUCAAGCUCCAAAAAGUACAAAAAGGAGGUGAAGAUGUGAAUUGCAACUUCAAUUUCUGUGUUUUCCUCUGACAAUGCUGUCGUCUGGCUUCAGAGGACUUGGAAUAUAACUCAAAUAGACUACUUUUUUGGUGUAUUUUGGUCCCUUUUUUUUCCCACAACAAAAAUAACAACAUACAGGUUUGGAACGACAUGCGGGUGAGUAAAUAAUGACAGAGUUUUCAUUUUUGAGUGAACUAUCCCUUUAAUUAUGAGUCUGAAAGAGGUACACAGAAGAUACUGCUCUUAAUAAGGUCUAUUUGUAUCUUUGCAACAGUUUUCCUAUAAUUGGCCCCCCCAAAACGAUUUAAAUUGUAUGUAUGAAUUCUGUAGUAUAUUGGAAGCAAAGGAUGUUCAAGUGCCUGCAGGGUGUGUGUGUGUGUGUGUGUGUGUGUGUGUGCGUGCGUGCGUGCUUGCGUGCGUGCGUUUGAAAAACCCCUCAACUAUCAACACAAAUAUACUGCAUGGCACAUGGCUUUGUUAAAAUGUUGGACAGCAAUGAAUUCCUUUUCAUCUUUAGUUAUUCCAGAUCUUCUGUUUGAUGGGGCAGGUUUACAGUACUCUUUAAUAAAACCAAUCAGUGAAAGGAUAUAUCUGUAUAGUACAGUUUUAACUGGAAGUUUAUGUCUGUGACUUAUGAGUGUUUUCCCUGUAUGUAUGCAUGUACACAUCUAAAUUGUGCUCACCAGAUUCUAAAGUUAUUUUGUACUAAUUAAACAUAGUCUUUCUCAUUAAAAUGACAAGUCUUGCUCUUCAA